GCGGCGUCAGUCAUGAAAUGUGAUUUUGGUUAGCUCGGUGGGUUAGCUACAUCAAAUGAUUCAUUACGGAAUAUUAGCUAGCUAGAUUAAUGUAACAUUUUAAGGUUUAGUUCUCCGUGUACAAUAUGGCCAGUUGGAAUCAAGUUGUUACAGUAACUUUAAAACGGAACCAUUUUGUUACUGCAGUUGAACACAGUGAUUGAAGCAUGCAGGUAUUAGGUUGUUGGGUGGCACUGAGCCAUCGUGCUCUGUCACGGUCGUGUGGGCGUGAGGGCAUGCCCCUUGCCCCAGCCUGCCACCUCGUAUCCUGCUGCAGGACCCUGUUCAGUGCGACUGGUGUCUGGGAGAGGGACUAUCGAGUAGAGACACGCCGCAAAGUGGAGCAGUGGUGGUACCCUCGUAUCAAGGAUCAGUGGCGUAGGGAUAUUCAGAAGGAGGAGAAUUCCCAGCGGAAGAAGUUCUAUGUGCUGUCCAUGUUCCCCUACCCAUCAGGCCGCCUGCACAUGGGCCAUGUACGUGUGUACACCAUCAGCGACGCCAUCGCCCACUUUCAAAGGAUGAGAGGGCACCAGGUGCUGAACCCUAUGGGUUGGGAUGCAUUCGGACUCCCCGCAGAGAAUGCAGCUAUUGAGCGAGAGCUAGACCCAGAGGAGUGGACCAAAAGUAAUAUCCAGCUUAUGAGGGAGCAGUUGGAAAGCUUGGGUCUCUGUUUUAACUGGGACAGGGAAAUCACAACCUGCUUACCGGACUACUAUCAGUGGACCCAGUACCUCUUUGUGAAACUGUUUGAGGCAGGCUUGGCCUAUCAGAAAGAGGCGCAGGUGAACUGGGAUCCAGUGGAUCAGACUGUUCUGGCCGAUGAGCAGGUGGAUGAGAGUGGUCGGUCAUGGAGGUCCGGGGCGGUGGUGGAGCAGAAGAUGCUGAAGCAGUGGUUCAUUAGAACCACCAACUAUGCCAAGCCUCUCCUGGACUCUCUGGCCGAACUCCCUGAAUGGUAUGGAGUCAAAGCUAUGCAGGCCAACUGGAUCGGGGACUGCACCGGCUGCUACUUUGACUUCCUGUUAAAGGUGAACGGCCAGGAGACGGGAGAGACUUUGGCGGCCUACACAGCGGCCCCUGAGGCCGUGUACGGAGCUGCCUACCUCGCCAUCCUCCCCUCCCACCGUCUUCUGCGCGGCUCCAGCCCCAUCCGACCCCUUCUGGAGAAAGCUGUCCAGCCUGGGACAGACUGCCUGACCACUGUCACUGCUCUCAACAUCUUCACCGGCCAGGAAGUCCCUGUGGUUGUCUCUGCCUGUACCGAGUUCCAGGGUCAUCUGGACACUGUAAUCGGUAUCCCUGACAACAGUGCGGAGGAAGCGUCAGUGGCGAUGGCCUUGGGUCUGAGCUGGGACACAGUCCUGGAGAGCCGACCAGAUGGGACACAGACACUGCUGAACUCUGGGGAGUUCUCCGGCCUAAGCAGACAGGAAGCCUUUGACUGCAUUACCCAGAAGGCCAGAGAGAGGAAAGUAGGUGGUCAUUUGACCAGUUCAAAGCUACGUGACUGGCUCAUUUCUAGGCAGCGCUACUGGGGCACACCCAUCCCCAUCGUGCACUGUGCCUCCUGUGGCCCAGUGGCCGUGCCAGAACAGGACCUCCCCGUCAUUCUGCCAAAGCUGCCGUCCCUCACAGGGAAGGGAAAGUCUCCUCUGGAGGCUGCGACCGACUGGAUCCACUGCUCCUGUCCCAGAUGCAAGGGCCCGGCGCGGAGAGAAACAGACACCAUGGACACGUUCGUGGACUCAGCCUGGUACUAUUUCAGAUACACGGAUCCACACAACACACUCAGGCCCUUUGACCGUGCUCAGGCUGAUUUCUGGAUGCCUGUGGAUGUGUACAUUGGCGGGAAGGAACAUGCAGUCAUGCACCUGUACUAUGCUCGCUUCCUCAGCCACUUCUGUCAUGACCAGAACCUGGUUUCACACAGGGAGCCGUUCCGGAAGCUGUUGGUCCAGGGUCUGAUUAAGGGUCAGACCUUUAGAGUGGCUGAGAGCGGUCAGUAUCUGAGGCGAGAGGAUAUUGAUUUUUCAGGGGAGGAGCCAGUGCAGGCAGGCAGUGGGAAGAAGCUGCAGGUGACCUGGGAAAAGAUGAGCAAAUCCAAACACAAUGGGCUGGAUCCGCAGGAGGUGGUACAGCAGUACGGCAUUGACACUGUGCGCCUCUACAUCUUGUAUGCUGCACCCCCUGAACAGUCCAUCCUGUGGGACAUUAAGACGGAUGCACUCCCUGGCGUGCUGCGAUGGCAGUCUCGCUUGUGGGGCCUGGUGAGUAAGCUUAGGACGGCACGGCAGACGGGCCCCUCCCCCAACCCCACCCUGCUCAGCAAGAAGGAGCGGGCAGCAGCCAGGAAGAUCUGGGAGUACAAGAACUACACAGUUGCUGAGGUGACGGAGCACUUCACGGAGGAUUUCCUGCUGAACGCAGCCAUCUCCCGGCUCAUGGGCCUGACCAACGCCCUCUCUAAUGCCUCCUCCCGAUUGGUGGAGCACAGCGUGGAGUUUGAGGAGGCUCUGUCUGUCCUGUGUGUGAUGACUGCACCUCUAGCUCCACACCUGGCCUCCGAGCUCUGGGCAGGUGUGUCCCAGGUGAGGAACAGUCUUUGCCCUAGUCGGGAGGGGAACGUCCUGCAGCAACCCUGGCCCAGUGUGGACCCAGAGUACCUACAGGCCCCUGACACUGUAGAGGUCACUGUGCGGAUCAAUAAUAAGGUGUGUGGGACGGUCACUGUUCCCCGGGAGGUUGCCCAGGACACAGAGGGGGUGAAGGAACUGGUCCUGCAGAGCCCGCUCGGCCUGCAGCUCCUUGGUCAGUGCACCAUCAGGAAGGCCAUCCUGUCACCAAGGACUGCCCUUAUUAACUUCUUGGUGGAGGACUGAAUUGGCUCAACUGCUGAUCAUUGGUUGAGCCGACUGUCCAUUAUGAAGAACACUGACUACAGGAACAGUGCCCAGGAACCUGGAUUAUUGCAUCACGUCCUGUCAUUGGCUGUCAUGUGGAUUCAUGGAAAAUCAUGUUUUUUUUGUUGUUUUUUUUAAUGCUUUUACAGCUGUGCCUCAUAAUAUUGCCUCCCAGGUCUCUAGGCUAGUCAGAUCGAGGUACAAGGGGCUGGCUAAACAAAAAAAGACUUGAAAAGACUUGAAAAUGUAAAAAUGAAUUCAGACAGGUGACUGUAAGGCCUAGUCAAUGAAGCAUAAAAUUCCAAAGAAAAAGCAACUGGCAAGCUAGGAACCUACGGAGAAUUUACCGUGGUAAGAUUUGCACAGCAACCUUCUUAUCUACGGAUUUGAGAAGGGGCGAGAAUACAUGCACUGAAAGAAAUGGUGUGCUCUGCCAUCCAUCAGGGCUGAGACAGUGGGGUUAACGUUACGCCAGCGAUGGGCUCAACAGGAUGACAGUUUCUGGCCUCCCCUCAACCCUGUUCUGCAUUGCUGCUGUCUUCCUGCCAGGCUAUUUCUGUCUUUUCUGUUUUCCACUGCGGUGCAGAACUGCAUUUCUGAGGGCCUUGUUCCUUGUUCCUCAGUGAGGCCCCUGACAACUUCCCACCCACCCACAGUCACACACCCUUUCACUCUUUGCCCUGCUAGCUGAGAGUUGCAGAAUACUUUGCUGUUUGUUGGAUUUUAGGGCAGAAUCAAAUUCUUUCUUCCUUAUGUAACUGAUUAAAACAGACUCACUUCACACCUUUAGCUUCAGCACAGCCAAGACUGCAGCAGCCCACUGCCUGAAUGAAUCAGACCGGCCUUAUUUGCAGCAGUCAUGCGGAGAACGUGGGGCUGCACUUGGACAUUGAGCUGUUGUGUAACAGGGUGGGGCCGAAUGGGGCCUGGUGGCUGGUGGCCUUCUAGAACGCCUUUGUGUUCUGCAUGAAUUCCAGACCUUGUCAGCAGUUCUUUUGGGACCUGGUCGAGGCCUGCACUAUAGGCCAGUUUGCCACUUUUCUUCUGCAGAGCUACAGCCAGACUGGCUUUGUUCGUAUUAGUUCAUCUUUAUCUGCUGCUAGUUGACUCAUGUCAGUUCAGUAAGGUCACUGGUGCUGGUACAUUUACGUAUUUGCUGGGAUUGAACUCUCAAACCACAUAAUUGUGUAUACUAGUGUCAUUACUAAAAAGUUUUAUAAGAAGGAGGGGAAAAGGAUUUACCUCACAUUUUGAAAUCCAACAAAUGAAGUCCAGGCACUUCUGAAGUUGUAUGAGUCCAAAGACAUGGAUUCCUUUAGUGUGGGGUUGUGCUACAGCUGCGGUUGUGGGCGAGGCCGUGGAAAAACCGUUCUGCUGUAACAGGUCAGCUGCCUCUUCAGCCACCUAAUGCCAGCCUGGUCCUAGUGUUGCAGGUUAAAGUGAGUGUGCUGCUCUUCUGUUGAGAUCCACAGCCAAUAAUUCAGAAGUGAUUGAGUUGCAAAGAUCAAGAAUAUAAAUGAAAUACCAUGUCUGCCUGUAAUGUCUGCCAUCACCAACACAGCUGUCAAGUGCGAGAAUCAUUCAUUUGAACGUUUUGCAAGUAAAAAAUUCUGGUAAAAAGCCUGUGAUUUUUGUUGGUCUUUGUGUGUCUUUUCAUGCUCACCCAGGAGUACACAUUGAGCCCUGGGGCCUGCUUUGUAUACAGUGUAAUACUGUUCACCCCAUACUAACAAGUUCACAUUAUGUAUGUAAACAAUUCUCUUUGAAUCGACUUUUUCAGGCUUAAUAGUGUUAUGUGUUACAUAAGAGGGUGAGUGUCAGAGGAAAAGCUGACAAAAUAAACUAGAAUGUACCACUUACAUCAGUAUUCAGGUCAGUAAGUCAGUAUUUGGUGGAAUCACCUGUCAGGAGAUACAAGCAUGAGUGUUUUUAGCCUGGUUUCUGAUUAAUGUUCUUCCUUUUAAACUACUUUGUGACUUUGGUUGUUGGUUUAAGUGAUUUUCCUACUGAUGGGUCAGUUUUGCUCUUUGGAUUUACAUGUGUGGCUGACUCAAACACUGUUACCAAAUAUACUUUGGUACCAUAUGGAAUUGCUAAUCAGAAAAUACACUUCUGUGUGUUUGUGUGAUCAGUUAUGAGAAUGUACAUGUAUUGCUCCUGGAUUUUUAAGAGGAGGUAUGCAUGUGUUGCAAGUACCUGUGUGUAUUUGUUACAUUUGUCUGUAUGCGUUGUCUGUGAUGGCCUCUGGUGGAGACCUUGAAAAUAAUUUCUGAGGUAUGAAUACCUGCAUUGAUGGGCUGGCUCCCUAGGAAUGGAUAUACAAUCUUAAUGACUAUCUCACAUGCUGUGACUCACAUAUCUGGUCUGUGAAAUGUAUCCCCACACAGUGCUUAUUGUGGCUUCAGACUGCUGGGCUCUAUGAGUCAUGGAGUUAACUUUCUGGGUGAUUUUAAUAGACGAAGGAUAAUAGAAAAUAUCUGUAAUGUUUCAGCACCUAUGUGGCUUGCAGUUGGCUCAUACUCAGAAGGGGAACUGUUUGUUUGAUGUGGAAAUUUUACCACCAUCAUUGAAAACACAAGGAGUGCAGGACAGAUGUUACACCACCUACAAUGAGUAUGAGAAUGCACUCAAGUACAAACAGUUUAUUUUACAUAAACUGUUUGUACUUGUGUAAAAGGCCUGAAAAGGCCUGUUCAUGAAAGUAUGAUCUUUUUUUUUUAACCUUUCCUAGGGACAAAACUGAAAUACCAAACAAUACAUGGUUUAGGAUUUGCUCUUUUAAAAUGAGUCUUAACUGUACUUAGACUGUUCAGUUCAUUCGCAACUGUAUUGCCUAUCUCUAUUGUUUUCUAACUCUAAAAUUAUGUAUAACAAAGUAAUAAUAAUAAUAAUAAUAAUAUCUUUCCAGGAAAGAAAAACAGAAACAUGAUGUGUUUCAUUCCCAAGAUUUUUUCAGCUGAACCUUUGACUGACAGUAUUUAAUCAAGUGAACAAUAAUAUGUGAGAGUACAAGCACAGGGUAGGAUCAUUUUGCACAAAGACAUAUAGAAGCCAGGAAUUUGGAGAACAGAGCCAAGGCAACAAGGGUUCCCAUCUCACUGUAGAUAGCAUCCCAGCUUGCUUUGCACUAGUUGGUCACAGUCAUGACUCUGAAUGUGUUUUUAAUUGAAUGGCUAAUGGGUGGCAGCAGAGGGCAUUGGGCCCUCUCUGACAAUGUGACAACUCUAAUCUCCAGUACCUCGCUCUGAGAGUACUGGGCAGGUGAGGCUUGAGAGGUUUGAUAACGGAGUUAUAUUAACCAUUGGGAAUGUGUUUGGCAUCUAGUGCUGAAAUGAGAUGCAGUUGCAAGCACUACGAGUAGGACUUCUCUGUUUAGUAUAUACCCUUGUGGGUGGGGGGGUUCAUUUUCAGUGAACAGUUGUAUUAGGUCAUCCUGUUGUAUUUUGCACAGGAGCUAUGAGAAAACAAAAUGGCUGAGAUGCUCCCAUAAACCAAGGUUUGCAUUGAUAGAGUGUGAGUCCUGCCAAUGGCGCCGCCAGGGAGUUGCCUCGAGGAUGUGCUUCUCGCGUAGAUGAGCGUUUGCUGUUGCAGGUUUGCUUGACGGGCCUUCACGCCUCACCGAAAAUCAAUAAUCUCAUUAGUCUGGAAUUUGUUGACAAUUUACUUGUUCUGUUUCUCUCUGCUUGUCAGCAAUUGGCAUAAUUUGUUCCACACCCUUGACACAUGUCACAUCACAUCACAGAAUAACCCGCACAGGAAAAUCUUUGUUACGCGUGACUGAUUUAGGUACAACUAUAUUUUUUGUUUAUAUACUGUGUAAAAUAACAAAUGAUACAAUGCGGGCGUUGUGCUCUGUGCUUUGGUCAACAACAUGAAAAUGUUGGCAGAGUAAAUUUUAGAGUAUCACUGAUUACCGUUACCCAUUCCUUUUGCGUACAGUAUUCUGAUACUGGCCUAAGUCACUGGUCUGACAGUUCUGACAUGUUACUUCCGGUGCGCCGUAAAAUGGCUGCACUGACAAGAGCUCCGAGUCAACUCAGCAAACUUGCAUGGAUUUACUCUUAUUGCUGAGCUGACCUGUUUUCUUGUCCAACACAUUUCAUUGUACCGUUGACCCUGUGUUAACCUACAUAUGACUAAUAAAACUGAACUGAACUGAACUGAACUCAUGGAGACAGAAUUUUGAAACUUUCCUCCUGUACUCUCUCAUCUGAUAACAUAGCAGUAAUCACUAGCUCUGUUCCUGGUUGCAAUGGUGCAAUUUCUCUCCCACCUCCUCUAUUGUGUUGGGCUUGUGAUGGGUCGAAUUUGUGGUGGUGUACUUUAUGCCAAUAGAUUUUAUUAUGCUAUGGUUUAUGAAAAUAGUUUGUGUGGGCAUACUUUUUUGUGGUGGUGUACUUCUUGUGGGAUUUUAUGGUAAUAGAUUUUAUGGUUCAUACAAAUUGUUUGCAGUGGGUAACACUUCAUCUGGGUAGUUUAUGGUGGUGUACUUUAUGUGGGUAGUUUAUGGCACUGUAGUUUACAGUAUGAGGGUAGUUUGUGGUGGUGUACUUUAUGUGGGUAGUUUAUGGCACUGUAGUUUACAGUAUGUGGGUAGUUUGUGGCGCUGUAGUUUAUGUGGGUAGUUUGUGGUGGUGAACUUCAUCUGGGUAAUUUGUUGUAGUGUACUUUUUGUGGGUAGUUUGUGAUGGCGUUCUUCAUGUGAGUAGAUUGUGGUGGUGAACUUCAUGUGGGUAGAGUUUGUGGUGGUGUACUUAAUGUGGGUAGUAUUUGUGGUGAUCUUCUUCAUGUUGGUACAUACACCAUUCACUCAGCUAGUGAGUGAAUGGUGUAUGUACCCACAUGAAAUAGUUCAGCUAGUCUCCAUUACGCACUUGCUGAUGCACUUAGACCUUGUGAUUUGUAGUUUUGCUGCACACUGUUGAUGCUUCUGCAUCUGAUCCCUCAGUGAAAACCAUUCCUCUUGGCUGAGAGCACAUCUACCCUCCUGGCUGACCAUCAGUCCAAAGAGGACCUGGACUGUCACUGGAGAGGACUAGUUCUGCAUAUGCUGUUGAAUCUGAAUACAUAUGGUGACCAUUAGGGAAGGGUAAGCACUCAGGUUCCAAUUUCAUGGAGGUCAAAUUAAGGGAAGCAGUGAGGUAUGAAGCCAAAGCAUCUAAUAUUCCUGUCUUGGUUCUGUAAGCUCUACAGAACAGCUGUGCCAUUUACCAAGCCCGGCUAAAUGACAGAACAGUCCACCAGAGAAUAAUAAUGAAUUACAGAUUGAAUAAGGGCACUGAGAAUAUGCAACAGGACAGAAAACAAAUGCCUUGUCUCGUGUGUUUUACAGUAUCUGAGCUAAAGUGGAUAACUUCAGUUUUUAUAUAUAUAUUUUUGACAAAUAUUACCCCCUCCCCCUCACUGUUUAACAGUUCUAGCUUCUGACAAGUCAAUACUGUGUAGGAAAGACAUCAUCAGCUGCCAGUCACUUGUGUUUUUGAUCGCCAACUGUUUCCAUGACAAUCAGAAUUAUGGUAAUUCCCUGCAAGUCUGUGCUGUUUUGGCACACUAACCUAAUGCCUGUGGUAUCUCAUAUUGACAUGGUAUUUUAUGGAGCAUGUUCAAAGGUCCACUGCUUCCUGAUAGAAAAGGAGCAUGGUCGGUAAACAGGAUCCCUGGGUACGUUGUACUGUCACUCUCCAUUUCACAAUUGCUCUGUUACUGAAACAGCUGUCAUUACACAGGACAGAGUUGCGCAAUUUGAUUGUCACAGGUUUCCUCGUCGACUGGAUUACACAUUUGGGUUGUAUUGUUCCUCAGUAACUAGCGUACACUUAAAGAAAGUCACCUUGACCAAAAUACCUCCUUUGUAGAACCCAGUUACAGCACACAACAUUCUCAUAACAUUUCUCUGUGGUUGUACUGUAUCAAUUCAGUGUGUAUGAGAUGGUUUGCUAGUUUGAAUAGUAAACAAACACCAAUGUUUUCAUGUUGAUGUUUUACUUCACAUAAGAUCUGGUCAUAAUGUUGUGAAUGGCAAUGCCAAUAAAUAUGCCCUGGUGUGUAUCAGGACCCCACUCCCCAAUCUACUAGGACACAAUAAAGCCAGAGGCUUGGCCUCCAAACAG